AUGCCGGCUCUUUCUUCGUUCGUCGUUUACAGGAAACUUUUCUUUUCGAAGGGCAAGAGCGCCCGAGUCACGGCAGAGCCUGAGCCGGAGGUCCCCCAGCCCCCCAGCGCGACCUCCAGCUUCUCCGCACACGGGUCCUUGCCCACUCCUUUGCCUUCCCCUCCUGAAAUCGUAUUCGACAUCACUCCCGACGACCACGGGCAAUCCCCCUCCAUCCGCGAACGCGUCAAGGGUCCCAUUCCUUGGCGCCAUGACGCUCACACCUCGCUCGAUGGAUCCAACGAAGAUGACUCCUCCAUUGCGUAUCUACGCGACAAUGCGAGUAUCCUCAGCCCUUCUGAACCAUCCACUCCCCCGCCCCGUCCGCCGCGCAAACGCCCCAUCAUCCCACCCAUCCAGAUCCCGAACCUCGUACCCACCAAGCCGCUCGACCUGCGCGAGAAGACGACGCCAAAGCCCACUCAGACGUCUUUCCAGCCUAAGAACGACGAGGAGCAGCGUAAGUGGGAGGAUGAGGUACGGCAGUACCUAGACGGUCAGUCGCUUCUGGGCGUCAACGCGGACGUACGGCUAUCGUUCUCGCCUAUCGCCGAGGAGUCAGGCGAAGAGGAGGAAAACGAGAUCCUUGACUUGGGGAACCUCCCACCCAAGAAGCAAGAGGCGGAGUCAGGUAAAGCGAGCAGGAGACAAUCAAGAUCACGCAAGACCGCUAGUCGUACUGUUUCCCUGCGCAGUCUUCAUGUUCGUCCGAAGUCCAUAGUUCUGGAAGAUGGGACUGUUCGCACAUUCUCAAGCGAGGAUGCCCACAUGGCACGCCUCAUCAUGUCCAGUGUCCUCGAUGGCUCGCAGCUGUCUCCCUCGAUAUACAGCUUCGGCGCUAGCGAGAUGUCGCCAGACUCUGCAUACAGCGCCGUCAGCACCAACAGCAAGCCCUUCUGGGCGCAGGACGACCCCGCUGCUCCACCCGUUCCUCCCAUGCCCCCCUGGUACACCCCCACCGACGGCCGCACGCCCGACUCGCAGCUUGAGCGCAACCUCGACGAGGCCGCCCCGCGCACGUCAACAUCUACCGAGACCGGCGUGAAGCCCCCCGCACUCCCGACGCCGCCGGAAGCCCUGCAGAUUAGGGUAGACGAUACCGAUCCGCAGAAUGCCUCCGGUAGUCUGUCGGCGGUGACAGCGUCGUCGGACGGCCGGGCGCGUAUAUUGAGCGAGUUCCCGAAGGUGCCGCCGUUGUUCAUGGGUGGGAAGUAUCUGUCCAGUAUGGACUCGCCGAUGACCGCGAAGCCGGAGAGUGCGACGUUGCCUAUGCCCCCGGCGGCGCCGUGGUCGCAGAAUCGGCUUGCGCCUGCCACGCCGACGCGUACGGCGGCUACCCUACCGUUCGGCCCGUCGCAUUCGAGGACGAAGUCGGGGACCGUCGUGCCUCUACCGAGGCCUCCGACGCAGAAGCCCGCUCCGCCCGACUUCGCGGUGACGGCUGUCUCGCUUGACGUCGGAGAGGAGAGCCGUACCCCCCCUCCUCCGCCUCUACCAAGCAAGCCUGACGAGCUGCAACGCCAGCGGUCCGAGAGGGGCAUCCGCCUGCCACCGACCCCGCCCCAAACCGACCGCUCAUCCUCGGGUUCCUCCACCUCUUCCACCUCAUCUCACUCCGGCUCUCGCGAAAUAGAGGCCCCGCACCUCUCUACCCCGCCCCAUACAGCGCCCGUCGGUACCUCUUUCUACACCGGCGACACCUCGUCUGAGGCGCCCAGCAGCCUCCACGACAUAAGCGAGGAGGACGAGGAUGGAUCUAGCGGGCAUAGGCGUGACACGAGCAGCGGGAGCGCGGAGAUCAAGGCGCUGCAGCACCGGCUGUCGCUCUCGGACAAGCUGGGCGGGCCGCGACCAAGAGGGCCGGGCGGCCCACGGUUGCCAGCGGCUACCUCGUCGUUGAGGGGCAAGCGCAUGGGCCCGCGCGAGCCUCUGUCGCGACGGUCGAGCGCGAGCUCGCUGGUCUCUGUGAAUGGGCGCCUGAGGCAGGGUUCUACUGCCGAGCGGCCGCCGUUACCUCCACUUCCGGGAGAUUCGAGCUUCGAAACCGUCUCCUCGGAUUCAAGCAGCGAUAGGCGGCCUUCGCUGGAUUCCACGCAUUCCUCCAAUGACACCGACUCUGUCAGGGCUAGGAGCAUCCGGCUGAGUAUUCCCAUCGUCGAAGAGGAGGAAGAGAAGCAGACGGAGGAGGACUCGGUUACGGCACAAGUCCUUCGUUCUGAAGCUCCGCCUCCGGAAACGGGCCCUUCAUCACCACCGAAGGAGCCCGCAAAAGAGGUCCCAGAGGAUGCGGACGAUGAGGAGGUUCAGAUUGCCAACUCGUACAUCGGCAAGGCGUCCGACGGUUCGACACCGAUUCUCCAGCAGCUCAUGAGCGAGCUGAUGGACGAAGAGAUUGAGGACCUCGAGCACGCCGACGAUGAGGCAACGGAUGCGAAACCCCUUGGACUUGGAUCUCGCAAGCCGUCUCUACGCAAGCGCCACCAGCGCCCAGUCAUUGUCCACGGCAAGUCAAAUCGCAAUGCUGUCAUUCGUCAAGGUGUCCAGCGCCAACACUCUCACCGCCGCGAUGCCCUCGCUCGCUCGCGUUCCGCUGCCCUUCGGCGACAUGGCUCAGUGGCACCCGAGCACGAUCCCAAGUUCGAAGCAAGCGGGGUCGCCUGGCACGCGUACACCUACGACGACGUGCAAUCCUCCCUCACCUCCGCCGAGUUGCAGGCUAUCGUCUCGCACGCAAUUCGUGCAUCCGGCAGUACGGAGAACAUCCGCAUUCUCCCUCUGGACGCCGUGGACGAAGUCGCCGAGGAGCAGGCGCGCCUAGAGGAGCGCCGGAGGGAUAUCAAGGGUCAGUACACCCUGCUCGCGCGGGAGCGCGGCAGACUAUUCGACGACCGCGAUCGCAUGCGCGAGGAGGCCGAGACGGUGCUGGAGGAGAUUCGCGGAGUAUCGCUCGCGUUGGAUGCGCUCGCCGAAGAGCUGCACAGCGUCGACGAGCAGAUCUCGCAGCUGUCGACGCUGCGGAGCGCGCAUUCCGCGAGCGCUUUGUCGCUGGCACUCCGCAAGCUGCAUAGCAGCUUGAGUAGGCAGCAAACGGAAAAUCUUAGGCUAAAGCGCGAGUUGAAGGGGAAGCAGUCAACUUUAUGA